ACUUAUACUUAUUCCUGGGAGAGAAAAUGAAGCCCUGCCACUGGCUUAAACAACAGUUUCCAUUAAGCCAAUGAAAUCGCGAUUUUCAAAUACACUUAUUCCGAUUGGACCGCGUUGUAUAUGGCGUCAUGUACAAGCGCCACCAAUGAGACGUAUUCUCGUACUAAUCACCUCAUUUGCAUAAGACGUUAACAAUAAAAGGAAUGCGUACAGCUUGCCCUUUCUAUUUCCCUAUCAACCUCCUCAAGACUUAGUCUCACCAUGCCUGACCCUGCCAAGUCGGCUCCUGCCCCAAAGAAGGGCUCCAAAAAGGCGGUGACCAAGGCGCAGAAGAAGGACGGUAAGAAGCGCAAGCGCAGCCGCAAGGAGAGCUACUCGGUGUACGUGUACAAGGUGCUGAAGCAGGUGCACCCCGACACGGGCAUCUCUUCCAAGGCCAUGGGCAUCAUGAACUCGUUCGUCAACGACAUCUUCGAGCGCAUCGCGGGCGAGGCGUCGCGCCUGGCGCACUACAACAAGCGCUCGACCAUCACGUCGCGGGAGCUCCAGACGGCCGUGCGCCUGCUGCUGCCCGGGGAGCUGGCCAAGCACGCCGUGUCCGAGGGCACCAAGGCCGUCACCAAGUACACCAGCGCCAAUCCAAUCCUUCCAGAGUUGGUUUUGAUGUUAUCGUGUGCAGCAGUAACACAGCUCUCCGUGGUGGGAAGGUCCCUGGUUCGUGUCCUGAUUUCUCCCGGUACCUGCCCGGCAUGCACACAUGUGAGCCCAUGUUCCUGGCUUGCUGAAGCCUGCAUCUACUGAGACAGGAGCGUUUCUCAAGAAGAGAUUGGGAGUUCCUUGGCCAAACAACACAUUGCCAAGACAUGCGGAAGCAGGCGGAACGGGCAGCUGGGCCCCAGUGAGGACAGACCCUGCGCCAGA